GGGAGUCCUAACUUAGUCACUUUCCUGUUGCCUGCUCUGCUCUGUGGGACCCUCUAGCUGCUCUUCCCUAAGGAUUAUAACUCUGUGCUCAAAGAAGACACGGAUUUAGAAUAAAAGUGUUGACUCCAGCCUAAUGUACCACUCCUGCGUGUAUCACCUCUGAAUCAACAAGGCACCUUUUCAUAGAGUAUAAGCAUGGCUAUCUCAUCACGACUAGCACUUUGGGAACAAAAGAUCAAAGAAGAAGAUAAGAGGCCGAAAGUUUCCUCCCCUCCACCCUUGGUCUCUGUAAUUCCUGGGGGCUUCAUCAAACAGUUGGUCAGGGAAACAGAAAAAGAAGCAAAACAAAAAGAGAAAGAACAGAAGGAAAAGCCUCCCGUUAAACAAGAGCAAUCACAAGAGAGCAUACGGUCACCUGGUAAACUAAGCGAAUCAUUGGUCCAGCAGUUUGUGUUCAAUGAUGACAACAUUCUUGCAGUAGAAGAAGAAGAAGAAAUGGCAUCUUCAAAUAAUCUCAUUAUGAAUGGACUCAACGGGGAUAAAUAUCCAGGGCAAGCAACAGAAAAAACAGGCAAAAUAAACCUCAAACGGAAUGAUGUUAAGAAUGUUGAAAAGAAAACAAUUUCACCAGAACCCAAGCCCAGCACAGGGGCGGCAGAAACAAUAAAGGAAAUGGAUGACUCUUCAACAUGUAGAUCAUCAGAUCUUGUAGAAAAGAGAGAAGAUGUGCAAGCACCAGAAGAAACUUUGCCAGAGGAGAUUCCACAAGAUGAUAUUCAAGACACUAAAGAAGAAAAGCUUGAUAAAAAUAGUAAUGACAUAAAAGAGGAGACAUUUUCACAUGAUAAUAAAGUGGAGCUGAAACUCAACUGUGAUAAUGAAGUUGAGGCUAGCAAUCAAGAGGAAGAAGAAAUUAAAGAAUCAGAAAAGGUGCCAGGAGAUGUGUGGUAUGAAACAGAGCAAGUCUGGUUUAUUCACAAUGAUGGCUUUACACUGGCCACAGAACUAAAGCCUGAUGUUGGGACACCAGAGUUACCUGAGGGAAAAGUAAGAAUUCGUAUCGAAGAGGAAAACAGAGUUUUAGAAGUCGAUGAAGAAAAUAUUCAUAGAACCAACCCAUCAAAGUUUGAUUAUGCAGAAGAUCUGACAACUCUCGUCAGUCUGAAUGAGUCCAGUGUCAUCAACACAUUGCGGCAUCGCUACCAGUCGCAACUUAUUCACACCAAUGCUGGACCAAACCUUAUAGUGCUGAAGCCAAGUUCUCCUGUUGCAAACUUUUCUACAAAGGUAUUUCAAGGGAAAAAAGACAGCAUGCCUCCUCACAUCUGCUCUGUGGCACAGAAAGCUUACUGGAACAUGUUAACCCAGCGUCAGGACCAGACUAUUUUGCCACUGGGGAGAAGUGGAUCUGGCAAAACAACCUGUUGUCAGAAUGCGCUGGAGUAUCUCGCAGCAGCUGCCGGGACUGUGAACAACAAAGUAACAGUGGAGAAAAUUCAAGCAAUGUUUACAGUUCUGAAGUCUUUUGGCUGCGUGACAACGAGGGAGAGCAGCAAUUCUACCCGCUUCUCCAUGGUGAUGUCCCUGGACUUUAAUGCUGCUGGCCGUAUAACUGCAGGACACCUACAGACUAUGUUCUUGGAAAGAAUCCGUGUCGCACAGCAACCACAGGAAGAGAGUAAUUUCAAUGUGUUUGCCCAAAUGUUGGCUGGAGCAGAAACGGAUCUCAGGUCGGCGCUGUAUUUGCACCAGAUGGCAGACAACCACUCUUUUGGAAUGGCCCCCUGUGUGAAGCCUGAAGAGAAGCAGAAGGCAUCUGCAGCAUUUGUUCAGCUUCAAUCUGCCAUGGAGGUUCUGGGAUUCACAGCAAUUGAGCAGAAGGCCAUUUGGCAUGUUCUUGCUGCCAUAUAUCACCUCGGAGCGGCAGGUGCAUGCAGAGUGGGCAGGAAACAGUUCAUGAGAUUUGAGUGGGCAAACAAUGCGGCAAAUGUAUUGGGGUGUGAUUGUGAAGAGCUCGCCACAUCUGUCUUCAAACAUCACCUCAAACAGAUCAUUCAGCAAGUGACUUCUGGAUCAAGGGGCGGAAAUCAAGAAGAUGAAACAAAGUCAGGACCUAAAAUGACUGGGGUGGAGUGUGUAGAAGGAAUGGCUGCUGGACUCUAUGAAGAACUCUUUGCUUCCAUUGUUGCCCUUAUUAACAGGUGUCUAUCUUCAACUUUGCUGACAUUGGCUUCCAUUAUGGUGGUUGACAUCACAGGAUUUCAGAAUCCGCGGCAUCAGAAGUUAGAGAGGGCUGCGACUUUUGAAGAGCUUUGCCAUAACUAUGUGCAGGAACGCCUGCAGUGCCUGUUCUAUAGCAGAACCUUCCUGCAUCCAUUGGAAAGAUUUCAAGAGGAAAACAUUGAAGUAGCUUUUGAACCCCCCCAGGAUAUUCCCUUUGCUGCAGUAUCUGUAAUUGAUCAGACAUCAUCACAGAUCAAUGUGCAAAGCAGCAAUCAGAUGGAAGAGAAGAAGGGUCUACUCUGGAUUCUUGAUGAAGAAGUUCUGAUCCCAGGUUCUACUGACAAUAAUGUUCUCAAUCGCCUAUGUUCUUAUUUUGAGAUGAAAGGAGAAGAUAAGUAUGAGAGUGGACCAUUCCGUAAAUGUGAACAAAGUCUUCAGUUUGAGAUCCUUCACCAGUUGGGUAAGGACCCUGUCCGAUACGAUGUUACUAACUGGAUCAACAAGGCAAAACUGAAUCAGUCUGCAGAAAAUGCUAUUCAAGUGCUCCAGCAGUCCAGACUUGACUUUGUAAAGGACUUAUUUGCACCUCGAGCAAAGUUUCCACUCAUCUGCCGCUCAGUGUCUGGUAUGGAAGGAAAGUCCCAGCAAGCUUUACAGAGAAUAAGCUGUGUGAGGAAAACAUUUGCCAGCAGUUUUGCAGCCAUAAGAAGAAGAUCUGUUUGUGGCCAAAUCAAACUUCAGAUGGAUGCUUUAAUAAAUUUGCUUAAACGGUCCCAAAUAAAUUUUGUACACUGUAUGGUCCCAAGACUGGGAAUGGAUGGCAAUGAAUGCAAGAUCUCCCCGUUGUGCAAAGGAACAGCAGGAGAUCCAAUUAAUGCUGCUAUUGAUGUCCCUUCUUUAAGAAUCCAGCUUGCCGGUGCUCAGCUAUUAGAUGCGAUGCGUCUCUGCAGGAUAGGUUACCCGGACCGAAUAGGCUUUACUGAGUUUCGACUUCGCUUUCAAGCUUUGGCAGCAGAGGUUAUGAAAAAAUACAAUUCCACAUAUGAACCAGUGGAUGAAAGAAAGGCCGUGGAAGAACUUUUUCAGCUGCUUGACUUGGAAAAGAAGAGCGUUGUGAUGGGGCGCAGCCAGGUCUUUAUGAAAUCGGGAGUGAUGUCCAAACUAGAGAAGCAACGGGAGAAGAUGAUUUCACAAAAAAUGAGUCUGCUACAAGCUGCAUGUCGGGGAUUUCUAUGUCGGCAGAAGUACAAAAGUCUAAAGAUUCAGUUAAUUGCUCUCAAAUGUAUCCAGAAGAACGUUAGGACGUUCUAUUCAAUAAGGCAUUGGCCGUGGUGGCAAAUCAUCUGUCAUAUUCGACCCUCUCUUUCUGUUAAUGUCGAUGAGGAAAAAUUCAAGGCAAAACAGGAUGAAAUCACAGCUUUAUCACUGAAACUCGUAAAGUCUGAAAAGUCUCGGAAUGAGUUGCGUCAAAAUGUAGACCUACUAGAAAGCAAGAUUACAGAUUUAACAACGGAGCUUUCUGAUGAACGAUUCAAAGGGGAAGUGACCUGCCAGGUUUUGGAAGUAGAGCGAGCAGAAAGACUCAGGGCAUCGCGAGAGAUUAAGGAGAUGCAGUCAAAGUAUGAACAAAUGCAGAAAAACCUGGAUUCUGUGUCAAAGCAACUAGAAGAAGCUCAGCAACAAAUACAACUUAGGGAACUUAACGCAGGAAGCUCAGGAAGAGCAGAUGAGUGGCAAAUACGAUUUGACUGUGCUCAAACUGAAAUAGAUUUCUUGAAGAAAAGGCUCACGCAAUUUGAGGAAAGAUUAGAGUCUGAGAAAUCAUACAGGAAAGACCUGGAACAGAAGCUCAGUGAGUUGCAAGGUGCAUAUGAAAAUGCUCGGCGCACAGCACAACAAGCAACAAGAAAGUGCAAACACUUGACUUCUGACCUUGAAGACACACGUGUACUAAUGGAAAACCAGCAGAUCCGCAGCCAUGACCUGGAGAAAAGACAAAGAAAGUUUGAUAUGCAGUUAGCACAAGCAAUUGGGGAAGCUUCAUUUGAGAAAAGUUUACGUGAGAAGGUGACACAAGAGAAUACAUCAUGCCGAUGGGAAGUAGGCAAACUACGUCAGAAUUUAGAGAAAAAAGAAUUGGAGACAACCAAGUUGACUAGGCAACUGGAGGUGUUGGGAAAUCAAGUAAAAGAACUCUCAUCUUCUACCGGACUUGAUAGCAAUUCUGUGGUAUCGCUAAAGAAAAAGGUGUGGGAACUGGAGGCUAGUGCUGCUGAACAGAAUCAGCAGUUGACUGAACAAGCUAAUGCUAUGCAACUACUUGAGCAGACACGCCUCAGAUUUGAAAUGGAAAUUGAGAGAACAAAGCAGAUACAUUUGAAGGAAUUGGAGGAUAAAGAAGAGGAGCUAGAAGAUAUCAGACAAUCAUGCCAAAGGCGGCUUCGUCAAUUUGAAAUGCAAUUGGAACAGGAGUAUGAAGAAAAACAGAUGGUAUUGCAUGAAAAACAAGAUUUGGAAGGACUUAUCGGAACCCUUUGUGAGCAGAUUGGACAUCGGGAUUUUGAUGUGGAGAAGCGCCUUCGGAGGGAUCUGAAGAGGACACAUGCUCUCCUUGCCGACUUGCAGCUUCUUUUGGCAAGUAUGGGAGAGUCUGGACCAUCUGUGGAUCGUGGAGAGUUAGAGAAAGUCCACAUUCAGCUUGAAGAAAGUGAGGCAAAAUGCGCAGAGGCACUGAAGUGUCAAAAAUCUCUAUCCUUUGAGCUGGAUAGUCUGCAUAUGGAGCUCGAGAAUCUUUCGAGAAACAAAAACAUGGCAGAUGAGCAGUUAUUCCAGCUGCAGCGUGAAAAAACUGAACUUUUGAAAAGAAUUGAUGAGGAUCAAGAGGAUUUGAAUGAGCUAAUGAAGAAACACAAGGCUCUCAUUGCUCAGUCUGCAAAUGAUAUCACACACAUUCGGGACCUGCAGACCAAGUUGGAAGAUACUAAAAAGGAGAAGCAGAUCAUUCAGGAAAAGCUUCAGGUGGCACAGAGUCGCAUUGACUAUUUGGAACAAUCUAUGGUGGAGCGGUCAAUUGUGAGCCGACAAGAGGCAGUAAUUUGUGAUUUGGAGAGCAAGAUGGAGUUCCAAAGAGCUCAGAUUAAACGUUUUGAGGUAUUGAUUUUGCGCUUGAGGGACAACAUGAUAAAAAUGGGUGAAGAGCUGGACAAUGCUGCGGAUUCUGAGGCUCGGGAAAAGGAGAAUGCCAAAUAUUAUCAGAUCCGUAUGGAAGAAAUGAAAGUCGAGAUGAAUGAGUUGCUACAGAGAGAGAUGGAAGCAUGUCGUCGACGGGUUGAGCUGGAGACACAGGUUUAUGAACUCUCGGCCAUGAGGCAGACAUUGCAAGCUGAUCUUGAGACAUCAAUCAGACGUAUUGCAGAUCUUCAGGCUGCCCUAGAAGAGGUUGAAUCCAGUGAUGACAGUGACACUGAAAGGGAUAACCAGUCUACCAUUGGCUCUGUAAUGAGCAUGGGGCAGACAGAAAGUGUCCGAUCCUGGGUGAAUUCAUCAGCUAGCUGGGCAUCACCUACUGGAGGAAGUGUUGAUGGUCGCAUGUCAAGACAGUCAGCAUCUGAUACUCAGAGCCUUCACAGUUUAAGGCUGAAGGAAAUGAAAGAUGAAGAUAUAAGUAGACCUAGUUCAUCAUUAAGUAGUAGAGGAAAACUUUAUGGAAGCAAUGUUACGGCUGUUGAAUCUGAGAACAUAGUAAAACAAUCUGAUCUUAAGGCUGGGAACCUAACCCCAACACUAAAUCGAAAAUUCACUUCACCAACUGAAGAUACAUAUUCAAGAUCAUCUUCUGCUCUUUCUGACUUCCUAGAUGAGCUUAGAAAGAAGAGAUCUGCUGAAAAGGAUCAAACAUCCCUAGUUUUAGAAGAUACCUCUUCAUUACCUAUUUAUAGGACAACUGGUGCUUCAUCACUCAGACGCUGCACAAACCUGAAAAAUGAUGAUGAUGAUGAUUUCUCCUUAACAUUAGGGAAGAUUUCAGAUGAGAGGCCUUCUAUGAGUAAAGGGUUAAUGCGUUCAGCAAGUCUUCGCUGCUUGCCAUCAGAAGGCAAUGACCCCACUAUGUCACCAGCAUUAAAAAAAAUGGCAAAGUUUGGAUCCUGUGAGUCUCUUCAAAAUCCUCAUAGUACAGUAGGCAUCAAACAAUCAUCAGUUUUAGAAGAAGACAGUGUUCCUUCAAGGCUUAAACCUUGGAGAAAAUGUAUUGAAACCCCAGUUGAGGAAGCUGCAGAAAAUGAUUUUGGGAAGCAACCUCUUGUUUUUCAAAAUAAACGGUUUUCCAGUUUAACAGAUGAGGAUAAUGAUGAUAGUUCAAGCUAUCACACCAAGCUACCAAGUCUUCGUUAUGAGAGGAAAUUGCCAGAUGAUGGUGAUGACAUCCUCCCAGCUCUUCGAAAGGCUGAGUCAGUUCAAAAUAUAUCAAAAUAUUCCAGGGAUAGAAAAGAAGGCCAGAGGCCACUGAGUGUUCAUUUUGGAGACCUGCCUUUAAAUGAGCACAAACUUUCCUCUGGUGGCUUAAAAAGUGCAUUAAAGAAAAGUUCAAACAUUAGGGAAGAUCUCGGCAAUCUCUCAGAUUCAUCAUCAUCUUCUGGUUCAGUAAUCUCUUGCAAAAGUGCAGACAGCAUCAAAAUGCGGCCACAGUUUCAAAGACUAGAAGGAGAAGGCCAUUCUGGGAAAGCAGUGACUUCAGAAAUGGCCCAGGAAAGUAAAAGGCCGGAAGCAGAAGGCAGUGAAGAUGAUGUAACUAGCAUAAUGAUGAAGUAUCUGAGAAAAAAUGAAGAAGAACAAGGCUCCCUGAAAUGAGAGAUCUCAAGCCAGAGGAAGAUGAAGAAUAUAUUGUAAACUGCUUGGAAGUGUAGCCUGAAUUUCACACGAUGCUGUAAAGAUGAAUAUAUAGCUGGAAAAUGAGGACACUGAUCUGUAACAUGUUUUGGUUUGUACAAAUAAAGCUUUCUCACAUUA